AGGAUCAAAUAAUUUUUUCCCUCACUAUAUUGCCUACUGCUGUCAAAAGUUAACUGUAUCGAAAUACCACAGAAAUUAGUUUUAAAAAAACAAACAAACAAGUGCAUAUGGCAAGUAUGGCCAGGGCAGCUAAUAAGCACAAGCUGGGCUUUCUUCAGCUGUAGCAGCAGCAGAAUCUCUGGUCUUCCCCUAGUUUCUUAAUGAGAUUAUAUAUUUUUUUAAGGAUUCAGUAGGAUAAACAAGUAUUCAUCUUCAUCAAGCCUUAUUAGAAAAAUGUUUGUGAUAGUUAUUUUUAAUAGCAAGUUGCACAUAUUUCUCCAUUGAUUUAAUAUAGGAAAAUAGAAACAUUUUAAAGAUGUAUAGGAUAAGUACUGUUGUUGCUGUUAAUUGAUUAAAGUAUUAGAAUAUUGCCUUUACUUUAAAAAUGGACUAAAAUGCUUUAUUGUACAAAUUUGUUAUAGACAUGUUGAGGUUGUGUGUACACUUCACACAAAACUAUCAAUCAAAUUUUACAGCUGCUGUCUCACAAAAAAAUACCGUGUGCAGUUUACAGUGAUAAAUUAAAACAAUAAAUACAUGAAAACUGUCAUUAUUAAAAAUUUAACGCAAACUUUAUUUAAAAAAAUAAAAACUGUAUGGUUUAUAAGACUGACUUUGUCAUUUGAAAAUGAUUUAGUACAGGAUAAAUUAUACAUAUUUUGUUGACAUCUGGAGCUGGAGCACAUUUCCAUUUCUGUAACAGUGCACUCUUGUCUGUUUUUGUUUCAUGUCCCCUAUGCUCACAAAUAACCAAUUUCAAAAAUGUCAUUUCUGGAAGAACGAUAUAGGUUGAGAUGGAAGGUGAAGCUGUUAAUGAAAGGCGCAGAACUAGCCAUAUUGGGGGAUGACUCGUAUGAUGGUCCAAUAUUUAGCAGAGCCCCUUCACGUCCUUGGAAUCUUGAGAGAGGUUUCUUUCAUGAGGAGAAUUCUUCAAGACUAUUCAGCACAGGACACGAUAAGGACUAUUACAGUAGGGAUAUUUUUGGAGCUCAACUGGACCGAAGCAUAAACAAUGAACUUCUACAGGAUCAAUUAAGAGAAAAUAAUAGGGGUGGGGAGAAAGAAUCAAAAUACUUUCAAUAUGACAGAAAAGAUAGACUCUUUGAUGGAAGCAUAAAAUCUCAGGCUUUAUUGGCAGAGACAGAGAAGUAUCGUAAACAAAGCCCUAAUAGAAGCCUAAGCCUGAUGUACACGGAUGAAGAUUUUCAUAAACUUGAAAGAAUUAGGAGAAAAAGAGAAGAAGAUUUGCAAAGGAGAAACAUUAGAACUGACUACCCAAUUGCUGACUCAGCUAAUCAAGAACAGUCUUCUGAAUCUCAACACCAUUAUAGAUCUGAGAAAACACCUGCAGUCCCCUUAAAAUCUAUACUGAAGAAACGGUCAGAUAAUUCUUCUACACAGGACUCUGGGAAUUUUUCAAAGGAAAAGGAGCCUCCUGAGUCAACAUUAGAGUCUGUCAACCAACAUGGUGACUUCUUGCUGCCUCAUGAAAGAGCCAGUCAAGAUGGGAGUGGCUUUUCGGAUACUGUAGGUAUAGUGAUUGAUUCUACUUACACUCCAGAUAAAAGACUGGAUCCCUUCCCUGAUAAUAUAGAAGAUGAAGAGAAAUUUCUUUACGGUGAUGAUGAUGGUGAUUCAAACAACUGUCUCCCCUCUCAAAAGCUAAUGCUGAGUGAAAAGAAAGAACCGGUAAGUGAGAAAGUAAAUUCUCCACCUCCUGCAACUCUAUCUGUAAAACCAGAGAUUUUGGAACAGUCCACCCCGGAAUAUGACAAGAUCCGUGACUUGCUUAAGACUAUUGGUUUGGACAUUGGAGUGGCUGAAGUAGGUAAGCUUGCUGCUCGCACGGAAGAAAGACUCUAUGGAAAAAAACCAACUUAUUCUCCAGAUCAUCAUUCAGUGACAAAUCAUAAAGCAGAGUUGUGGAAGAGGCAGAAACAUUCUCUAUCACCAUUUGAUUCUUUCCCAUCAGCUAAAGCUAAUAACAUCACUAAAUUAGGGCAAAAUAAUCCUACUGGCAUAUGUGAGCAAUCUGAUGUUCCAGGAUUUUUAAUCCCAUCAGCUCCACCUUCUUUUCUUGAUAUUCCUCCUGGGCCCACCUCUGCUUCCUGUCGGAAUGUUCCAUAUGUCUCUACCUUUACUCCAAAUCGGUUCUUCCCAAACUGUGCCUCUCUCCCAGUAGUCUUACCUAACUAUGAUGUAUACCAGCGCCACAUGGGUCAUGCAACUUCUGACUGGUGUGCUCAGCAAGUGAACUCUGUAUGUCCAAAUAAACCUGAGGUCGCCAACCUUGCCAAACUUGCCAAACUAAAAAGCAAAUGUACAAAUCCCAACCUCAGAAUUAUUAAUACAAUUGCCAUCAGCAAAAAGCCAUCUCAAGCAGCUCCUACCAUGGUUCACCAGCGAACCAGGUGUAAAAAAAGGGCCAAGCGAAAAAAAUGUGAUGAAAAAAAUCAAACUGCUGUGAUGCAAAUGAUAGCAAAGGAAAGAGAAGCGUUGACAUGUACACAAAUAUCACAACAGAAGAAACUCUUUUAUCAGAAGAUUGAAUUAGAUAGGCUUUCAGAACAGCAAGUAGUGAUGCUGUUGAAGAAAGGAAAAAAGGAAGACCCUUUGCUUAUGGAACUGAGCAAAUUGAAAGAAAACAUUGCAAAAGCGGUUGCUCAACUGGAAAUGAGUAUUAACGCUAUAAAGGAGAAACAGGUUGAACUUAAUAAAGCAGCUCAUAUCCUGGAGAUGAAUUUUGAAAAAUCCGAGAAAUUAUCUUCAGAAAAUAAAGAUUCAUCAGAAAACAACCUACAAAAUAAUCCCCAAAGUGAAGAGAGAACCUUUGACUCAGUCAAGUCAUAAGGAAGUGAUUGUUUACGUGGAGUAAGGACAGAAUACAGCAGAAGGAAAAACCUAAAGACUGUUCCAUACCUGACCUGACUCUAGCUUUUAGAAGCUGUGGUAAGAUUUUGAGAUGAAGACUACAAUUCUUGAGAAUAUUUUUAUUCUGUCAUGAUUUCAAGCACUAUAUUUUAUUCAAAUUUGUUUUAUGUUUCAAGAAAAGUAAAAAAAAAGUUAAGAAAUUUUGUCUCUUGGCUCAUUAAAUAUCAGUAUAAUAUAUCUUAUCAAUGGCAUCUCCUCAGAGGAGGUAAUCAAGUUCUAUGUUUUUUGAAUAGCUGAAAGUUUCCUUAAAUUGGAGAUAAUCUGAAAGGUUAUUGCAAUCUAAUUUUCAGGUUAAUUUUUGUUAAUGGGUUGCCACAGCCCUCAAAACUUUUCAGGAGAGGGUUUAUGUGUAUAAAAAAUGAUAACAGGAAGCUUAAUGUGUUUGUUAUGAGAAAGUAACAGCAUCACUUAGAUUUCUUCCCUAGAUAAUGUCCCCCUAUGAUGCUUCCUGUUAUCCAUAUUAUUCCACUUUAAAAGAAUGGAUUUUUAAAGAACAUUUUAAAAGAAUAUUCUGAUGACAUUCUUCUAUGAGUACAUUGUAUGGCAUGAUAGCCUAAGAAAGAAGUCGUGAUACUAUAUUUAUUUCUCCCUGGCCAGAAAAAAGUCUUUUUUAAAAAAGCUUUUCCUCCUGACAUUUACAAACACAGGUCUCCACCACUGGAUGCCUUCAGAAAACUUUAAUAAAUGAAACAGAUCUUCUCUGUUUUUUAGCAUUUUAUUAGUUAUGGCUUUGCUGAAAUGUACCUCACAAUUUUAAGUUUAACUAUUUAAUCUUCCUGUAAACGUUUGGGUAUUUGGGCAUUUGGAAAACAAAACGUCACAGAGCUUAUGUUUUUACACUACUUCCUUGAAUGUAAUGUAACGACAACAAUGAAAAUUUUAAGAAAUAAAAAGGAUUUUAAAAAGGAAGGAAGAUAGGAAAAUAGCCACAUAUAUAAUCUGAACAGAGGAGUGAAAAGAUGGAUUAAGAUCUGCUGUUAAGUAUGGUGAACACAUAUUGAAAAUAAUUACUGCUUGUUAGCAAAUGCUCAAAACAUACCAGUUUCUUUUGACUAAUAUAAUGUACUUUUAAAUUCCUGUGUACCAUCUGUUAUUGACCAUUCUGAUACUGACUUGGCAAAGUAUAGUAGUGAAAUGUUUCUUUAUCAGAAAAAACAGGCCAUCAUCUGAACUGAACAUAAAAGUGAAGCUAUCCUUAUUCACUUUAGAAACAAUUUAAAAUGAGAAAUAAAAAAAAUUAUGAUAUGGGAGAAGAAAAUAACAUUAAAAUACAACUAAAAGAAGAAUAUCUUAAGGAUUCAGAUGGGAACAAGCGAGCACUAUGUCUGAUCUGCAUUGAAGAAUCAAGAAAUUCAACAGAACUAAUCUGUUUUCAUUUUUUUAAAGAUUAUGUGGUACCUGCAUUCCAUGGAUUAGAAUGUACUUUAGAAGUACUUACAAUAUAGGAACUGCAAUAGGGAUAUAUAGUUCUAAUUAAAUAGCUUUUCAUGUUUGUUCAUCUCAACUAAACUGAAAAUGUCCAAGCAAGGGGGGGGGGAUCUAUGCUGGCAAAAUUAUAUAAGUGCAGCAAACUUUCAUUAAAAAAAAAUCCUGAUUAUUCUAGUGAGAUUUCAUGGCAAUAACUUAUAACAUUGUGGUGAGAUUAGAGGCCAGAUUGUGAAUUCUAGUCAGUGAAGUCUCUCUGGAAAAAAAUAAUCGUGAAAUCACUCAUUUGCACUCUGGACAGCUGCUCCUUUUAAGUAGAGCAGUGGUUCUCAACCUUUCUAAUGCCGCGACUCCAUAAUACAGUUCCCCAUGUUGUGGUGACCCCCAACCACUUAUACAUCACCGGGUGCCAGGGGCGUGGCCAAAGAAAAGGGAAAAAUGGCGGACAGCCUUGUUUGGCGACCCCCAUGAAAUGGUCGUUCGACCCCAAAUGGGGUCCCGACCCACAGGUUGAGAACCACUGAAGUAGAGGGUUGAGGGAUUUCCAUCAAGCUUACAACCAUCAAUAUUUCCAUUAUGGACACACAGUUUUGCUGAACCUCAUAUCUUAAUCAUUUUUGGUUUUAAUAAACUUAGAGCUAAAGACAGGUUUUCUCGGUGACAGGAUAAGAUUUCACUUAGUGAGUUACUACUUUUUCUGGAUUAUAAAGAAAUAAAAUGGUUCUAAAAACUCAAAAACCUGACAAAAAGCUUAAUAAGUCAAUGAAAGACGUUUUAAAAAAUGAUAAAGGGGAUGGUUAUUUUGAAAGAUUUUUUUUUUUGGCAAAAGUGCUUUUAAAUAAAUUAGAAUGAAAUUAGCCAAAACAAUUAGUGGGGAUAUUUUUUAUUCUUAAAGAAUGCAUACAACUCGUGGACUGUACGAAACAAAAGAUAAUUAUAAUAAGCCAGACUGUGAUACUGACUGUAAAUAUGGAGAUGUUGACUGUGGUGUUGAAUAUAAUUAGUGCUAUUAGGGAUGAAAGCACAAAAAGACAAAAAUAGGGAAACUUGCCUUUAAUUUUCCCUUGUUUGAGACACUUUCAUUUUUUGAUUAUAAUAUAAUGACAACCACAAGAAAAGCAACAAGAAUGGAGGAGAGGAGAUGAGAUCACUAGAAGAACCCGCAGAAAAAGGAAUUUCAUCAGGUUUGCUUCAGAAAUAGUGUUAGCAAAUGGACAAAUAAGAUACAAUCUCUUGAUAAUAAAUUGACAGCUCUUAAGAAAAAAAUGGAUGAAAAACUUGUAAAGAGGAAAGAGGAGAUGAAAGAAGAAGCCAAGAUGAUGGAAAGUGCUGUAACAAGCCUCUGGAGAAAUAAAACAAAUUGAUGACAAAGUAGAAAUUUUAGAGAGAAGGAGAGAAAUUCCCAACAGUUGGAAAGAGAACUAGAUAAUCUGGCUAUAUUUGAUUGAGAGAAUAAGAUUUUUUUUUUUAAUGAUUUAGAGCAAGGUCAUAGGAUUUAGUGAGGAUAUCAGAGAAAAGAUUAUUAAAGUCCUGGCAAUCUUUUUUGUAUUGGGCAGAGGCGUAUAUAGAGGCAUAAAAUGAUAAAAGUGUAUAGAAUAAAUUCUAUAUUUGCAAGAACAAGAACUGUUCUAAGGCAGGGGUGUCAAACUGCCAGCCCACGGGCCGGAUGCAUCAUAGCAAAACAGCACCCACCCCAUUGCUAGCAAUGGAAAAAAAGUCAUGCUACAUUGUGACACAUCACGUGACGUUGCAAGUUUGUUGUAAGGGAUGCUUUCACGCACUUUGUCAGGAAGAAAAAAUGAUUAAGUUUUGCAUUAAGUAUUGGCAAUAUAGAUAUAAUUGCUCUUAAAUAAAUUACUAUCAUAACUUCGUGUAAGAGAAGGAGUAUUUUUUUUUUUGACUGGGAGAUUAAAACAGGAUUUCAUUUUGAUGGAACAAAUUGGAAGAUAUGCUUUUUACUUUUAAAUAGUAGAGUUUUCAGUUGAAUUCUGUGCAGAAGGUGUGGAAAUUUAUAGAAAAAUUCAGAGAAGAAUUGGAAGAGAUUCAUAUGAAAGUGUCAGAGGAGACCACAAAAACUUCAGAGGAAACUGAAAGGGAUGAUACUGAUUUAGGUGCUAUAAGUAUUGGUUUAUCUAAAUUUUUUUUGUGAUUAUGGAUUACAAGUGAUUAAUGUAAAAUGUAAAUGGAGCAAAUGCUCCCCAAAAGUGGAAAAAAGUUAUUAUUUGAAAAAAAAUUAAGAUGAUAUAAUUUGCCUACAAAAGGCACAUAUCAGAAAAAGAUAUGGAGUUUUCCUUCCCCCUUCUCGUGAUGUUGGAUACAUGUGUGUGUGUAUGCACACACUCUUGAAAGAAACAUCUCUUGCUGUUUGGUUUGGAUCAAAGAGUAGGUGUUCUUGAGAAAUAGAAGGCUUUUGAGUUAAAAGGAUAUGGCAUGAGAUCAAGGUGGCAGGAAUAUUUGUGGUACAAUGAAGUUGAAGUUAAUUAAAAUUUAAAAAUAAUUAUGUUAUUUGUGCUAUAUUGAGAAUGGAAGAGAUAUAAAUUCAGGUUGUGCUUGAAAACAUCUUUCUGACUCUUAUAACAAGCAUUUUAUAGACAAGAAAUAAUAGGCAAACAAAUUUGGCUAACUUAUUGUGAGAUAUUAGUAUUGUGUUAGGAAGAAUGUAAAAUAAAGAACUAGUGGCAGAGGGACAGUGGUUUUCUUAUUUACAAUUACCAGAAAGUUUUAAAGUAGAUAAAAGAAAUUGUGAUUUUGAACAUCAUUAAGACUGAAUUUGAAAUAGAAUUGUGCACAAAUGAUGAACAUAUUAAUUGCUAAAAUGUAUAAACUUUUAUUGAAAUGUGAAAUAUAAAAACAAUUUCUGGAAUGUUUGAUAAAGUGGACUAAAAUUUUGAUUACAAUAAAACAGAUGAAACAAUGGGAAAA